AUGGCCCCAGUAGCUAAAACCAUAUCGUAUGACCGAAACGAUACCAUGGUAGAAGACAAGAUGAUGAAUUUUAAAUUUAACAAAGAAAAAUGCAUUUUGAGUACGAGUCAAGAAGCCAAAGAGAAGAUCAAGGCUUGUGGGGAGAAUUGGAAGCCAAGAACUUUGAGUGAAAUUUACGAAAAAGGCCAUGACGGUAGGUUUAAUUACCAUAUAACUUUGUUAAAACUUUUUAUAAUUUUAUCAAAUUACCUGUGACACAAGCACAAAACCCUAACUUUUCAUACCUAAUUUAUAAUUUUUAAAAAUUUUAGUAUCUGGGCCAGUAGUACGUAUUCUGGCCGACGGAAUCUACGAUUUCUUCCACUGGGGCCAUGCGAAUCAGUUCAAACAGAUCAAACAGCUGAUUCCGAAUAGUUAUCUUAUUGUUGGUGGUAAGUUUUUAAACAAAAAAGGUUUUUAACGUCAUAAUUUUUAAUUUUGAUAGAUUUCGUAAAGAAAGUUCUUGCCAUUUUCUGUUUUGUAAAGAAAGUUUUUGCAAUAUUGUGCUUUGUAAACAAAGUUCGUGCUAAUGUUUGUUUUGGAAAGAAAGUUCUUGCCAUUUCUUGUUUUGUAAAGAAGGUUCUUGCUAUUUUGUGCUUUGUAAACAAAAUUUCUGCCAUUUAAAAAAAAACAAUUUUUUAGUGUGCCGUGACGAAGAUACAGCCAAACACAAGCGACAAACCGUGUUUACAGAGGAAGAACGGGUAAUGACAGUGAUGAAUUGUAGAUUUGUGGAUGAAGUUUAUAAAGGAUUUCCUUAUAGCAGCAAUUUUAAUAUUAUGGAGGAGUUGAGGGUAAGUUUUUUAAGUUUUAAAAUAGUUUGUAAAGAAAUUUCUUGCCAUUUCUUGUUUUGUAAAGAAAGAUUUUGCUAUUUUAACGCUUUGUAAAGAAAGUUCUUGCCAUUUUUAGUUUUGUAAAGAAAGUUCUUGCCAUUUUUAGUUUUGUAAAGAAAGUUCUUGCCAUUUUGUGGUUUAUAAAGAAAGUUCUUGUCAUUUUUCGCUUUGUAAACAAAGUUAUUGCUAUUUCAUCGUUUGUAAAGAAAGUUUUUUUAAUUUUUCAAAAUUUUGAACAAAUUUAAAUUUUAAAUUUUAGGCUUUUUAUAAAUUUAGGCUUAACUUGAAUUACAAAGUUUAGGCUUAAUCUAUAUUUAGGCCUAACUGUAACCCAAUAAUAUUUCAGGUAGACCUAAUGGCCCAUGACAGUGUACCGUACAGUAUAAAUCAACAAACAAACGAUUGUUAUGCUCCAUUCAAAUCCGUUGACAGAUUUUUGGAAACCGAAAGGUAUCCAGGAGUCUCCACCACAGACCUUAUCAAUCGUAUUUUAGACAGAUAUGAGGAAUACAAACUUGGAAAACGAACAUCAACUUAG